AUGGAUACGAGGACUGGAGAUAGAGAAUUCUCAAAUGGUGAUUUCUAUUCUGGCGAAGUUAAAGGAUUGCUUCCUAAUGGGAAGGGAAAGUAUGUAUGGUCAGAUGGAACUAUCUACGAAGGGGAUUGGGACGAAGGCAAAAUCUCUGGUAAAGGAAAGCUUAUGUGGUCAUCUGGAGCGAAGUAUGAGGGAGAUUUCUCUGGUGGAUACCUUCAUGGUUUUGGCACCAUGACUUCACCUGAUGAAUCUGUAUAUAGCGGAGCCUGGAGAAUGAAUGUAAGGCAUGGGCUUGGGAGGAAAGAGUAUUGUAACUCAGAUCUGUAUGAUGGUUCAUGGAAAGAAGGGUUACAAGACGGGCGUGGUAGUUAUUCUUGGACCAAUGGAAAUAGAUAUAUAGGGAUUUGGAAAAAUGGUAAAAUGUGUGGCCGAGGGGUUAUGAGAUGGGCAAAUGGUGAUCUUUUCGACGGCUUUUGGUUGAAUGGGUUUAGACAUGGUUCUGGAGUUUAUAAGUUUGCUGAUGGAUGUUUAUAUUUUGGAACCUGGUCUCGUGGCCUAAAAGACGGGAAAGGAGUCUUUUAUCCUGCUGGAACUAAAUAUCCAUCUCUAAAGAAGUGGUCUCGCUCUCUUGAAUAUGAUGACACCGGAAAGUUUGGACUUUCUCGUAGCUCAUCAAUAAAUGUUGAGGAGCUAAGGCAUUUGAGCACUGUGACGGAAAGUCUUUCCGUGAAAUCUUCAGCUAGUGGAACGGCGAAAACUUCGGGUAGAAUAUCGAAUAGGUUUCCGGAUGAAAGUUGGAGCAAUUCUGAUCCCCCAAGAGACUUUACAUGUUAUGGGCCGUUAUCUAAGUCUGCAAGGUUUUCUGGCCCCGGCCAAAGCGAGAGACAAGAUAAGAACCGUAUCGUUUAUGAAAGGGAAUACAUGCAAGGAGUUUUGAUUAGAGAAACUGUGACGAGUUCUGUUGACAAGUCACACAAAAUAAGACCUCCAAAUCUUCCUAAAGAAGUCAGGCCUAGGACUUUUAUGACAUUUCUAAAGGGCGAACAUAAUUAUUAUCUAAUGCUAAAUCUCCAACUUGGUAUCAGGUAUACUGUUGGAAAAAUUACGCCAGUACCUAGGAGAGAAGUACGUGCGUCUGACUUUGGUAAGAAGGCCAGAACAGUGAUGUUCUUCCCUAGAGACGGCUCAAAUUUUACACCUCCUCACAAAUCUAUCGACUUCUCUUGGAAAGACUAUUGUCCUAUGGUUUUCAGGAAUUUGAGGGAGAUGUUCAAGUUAGAUGCUGCGGAGUAUAUGAUGUCUAUUUGUGGUGAUGAUGGCCUGACAGAUUUUUCGUCCCCUGGGAAAAGUGGCAGUAUCUUCUACCUUUCUCACGACGACAGAUUUGUGAUCAAGACAUUAAAAAAAUCUGAGUUGCAGGUUCUACUCAGAAUGCUGCCUAGGUACUAUAAACAUGUAGGGGACCAUGAAAACACACUUAUAACCAAAUUUUUUGGAGUUCACAGAAUAACACUCAAGUGGGGGAAAAAGGUACGUUUUGUGGUCAUGGGAAAUAUGUUUUGCACAGAACUGAAGAUUCAUCGUCGAUAUGAUCUUAAGGGAUCAUCACAAGGGAGAUUUACUGAAAAGAUUAAAAUCCAAGAAAAGACCACCUUGAAAGACCUUGAUCUUGCUUAUGAAUUUCAUAUGGACAAGCUGUUGCGGGAGGCCCUCUUCAAGCAAAUUUACUUAGACUGCUCGUUCCUGGAAUCUCUGCAAAUCAUUGACUACAGUCUUUUACUGGGAUUACAUUUUAGAGCUCCUGGGCAACUUAAUGAUGUCCUUGAGCCUCCUAACGCAAUAUCAGAUCAAGAGAGUGUUUCUUCUGUAGAUGUCGGUCUGACUCAGGAACUCUCCAUUCCUCCAAAAGGAUUGCUAUUGGUAACUCACGAACCCAAUUCCGUGAAUACUGCCCCGGGUCCUCACAUCAGAGGAAGCACACUCAGAGCAUUUUCCGUUGGCGAGCAGGAAGUUGAUCUUAUUCUUCCCGGAACUGCAAGGUUGCGGGUACAAUUGGGAGUGAACAUGCCAGCUCAAGCUCAUCACAAGCUUAUCGAGGACAAGGAAGAGUCUGCGACAAUUGAGCUCUUUGAAGUAUAUGAUGUGGUUGUGUACAUGGGAAUCAUAGAUAUUCUACAGGAAUAUAACACCAAGAAGAAAGUGGAGCAUAAAUGCAAGUCUUUACAGUAUGAUCCGAUGACAAUAUCUGUUACCGAACCUGCGACUUACUCGAAACGAUUUGUCAAUUUUCUACACAAGGUAUUCCCAGAAGAAAGGUAG